AUGACGGCACUCUCACCACGUCUGUUCCUCGCGUUUGACGACUUUUCCCGCGCAGGCAAACAUGUUCUGCGCUUCACCAAGUUCAAUCACACUGAAGCUCUUCCUAUGCCUCAAAAUAUCUUGGAAACUGUAUUCCCUCUUGACCUCUGUCAAUUUAUACAAAUUUAUCAAUAUCCGGAUCAACAAGUUGCAAUUAUUACAGUUCAUACAGCGGACUUAGAAGCCACAGAGCUAUGGAAACUGGCUGAUGCACUGGUCUCUGCUAUGAGUCAAGCAAAUGUCGAGACACUUACAAUCUUGACGGCUUUACACUUGCCAUACGUCAAAAAUGACGACCUGGACGUGUUCUAUAGAGGAUUCAAUAUUAAAAUGGAUAAAGAUGUUGAUAUUGCGGCUCUAUCAGAAGCUGAUCCAAUGUGGGAGAUCAAGGACCCAUGGCUCAUUGCAUUCCUGCAUUUGAUCAAGAUUGAGCAAUGGCCAUGUACCCAUUUGCUCGUUGCUAAGGGAUAUAAACCUGGUCGAGAUUUAAGUGGGAUGUACGAAGCAAUGGACAAGUUGAGUCGAGCUUUGCAGCUUUUUACAAGGGAAAAGAUGAUGGUGGAUAUGCAACACAUGCAUCGAGAGUUACCAAAAUUACUGGCAAUGGAGAAAAAGAUGACGACGGACGAAGGUCUGACGCUGCUGUACCAUUAA